AUGUUUGUUGUCCUUAGCUACAGAGCAAAUUGAAACGGUGCACAAUUUUCUGCAGCUGUAUUUAGCUAACCAGCAAAAUUUCACACCAAGACCCCACGUACAUCCGAUGCCGUAGUGGCAAGAUGACGACAGAAGAUGCGAAAACCUAUCUCUCUAAGCGUGAUAUUCCACGCUUGUUUGAGAGUCUUAUGACUGGUCUAAUGUACCACAGACCACAGGAUCAUAUCAAGUACCUGAUAGAUUGCCUACAAAAAGUUCAUGACAAGGGUCAAGCUGACAUUACUUGGAGUUCUUUUGUUGACAUUCGUCGGACAAAGACCCCACUUCCUCCAAUCACAAAUGGAACAGCUAGACCAUCUUCAAAGGGAUCAAGGCCUACAUCAAGAACAAAAACUCCAAAAGAUGAAGAAAUACUAACACUGAAUAUGGGAAACAUUGAAGAGUCACUUAACAGAGUUAUUGCUCAUGAAAGAGUUAACUCUCCUGUUCAGAGUGGAGCUAUGCAGGGAAGAGUUAACUCCCCUGUUCAGAGUGGAGCUAUACAGGGAAGAUCACCUGGUAUAACACAUAAUAAACCAGAACAGGAUAUUCAAGCAAGCUCAGUUCCUUUGACAGAGGAGAAGACACCCAGAGAGAAAACCUCCUCGCCGCUCCCUGCCAUACCUACAUCAACAGCCCCAGAGAAAGUCAGUUUACCCGACAUACCUGUUGUUAUUGUCAUGGGACCUCCUGGAUCAGGGAAGGAUAGCCAGGUUGAUAAAUUGUUGACGCGGUACCCUGGAUGGCAUCAUCUGAAAGUUGGCAAGCUUAUAAAGGAAGAGAUACAGCGCCACGGUGAGGCUCAUACCAAGUGGAAAAUGACCAGAGAUCUGCUGAGCAGAGGGGAAGUAGCACCAGAGGAAGUAACAAUUGAGGCAUUGUUGGAAGGAAUAAAGAAAGCAUCAUCAGCUAAGGGCAUUGUUAUCACUGGUUACCCAAGAAACAUGCAGCAAGUCGGAGAUUACGCCAGAUUUGUAUCACGAAUUGAUGUUGUGUUCAUGAUAGACUGCGAUGAGUCUAAAGCUAUGGAUAAAUUGCUACGCAAGGGACGUACAUCUAACAAACCAGAACAUUCUAUGUCAGCUGUCACAACCAAAAUGAACUAUUUCAAAGCAAAUUCACUACCAUCAGCUAAGUUCUAUGAUGACCAGGGUAAACUUGUUAUUGUUGAGGGAGAUGCAGAUGAUGAACAGGUUCAGUACAAGUUUGGUCAGGCAUUUGAUAAACUCUUCUUCAAACAGCAUGGCUCACAUCCACAACAGGCAGCACCACCUAAAUCUGCAGGGUCAAAUGUACCAGAACCAGCAACAUACAGUAAGAGGUAUGAGGAUGAGAGUAAGGAUGGUAAGAAGGAGGACAGUUUUGUGGAUGAUGGAGAGGAGAAACCAAUGUUUACUGGGCCGGUUCCCCUACCUCCAGUAAUCUCAGAGCAAGAUACAGGCAGGAAACCAGACCUUCCAACAUGUCCUAUUAUCUUUGUAGCAGGAGGCCCUGGUAGUGGUAAAGGUACGCAGUGUCAGAGAAUUGUUAAGAGAUAUCCUGGUUUUGUUCAUUUAUCAAUGGGUGACAUUAUCAGAACAGAGAUUUCAACAAAAGGCACAGCGGAUGAUAAGUGGGGCAUGAUCUCAACUCUUGUAUCGAAAGGAGAAAUGGCUCCUGAGGAAGUGACCAUAGAUUUACUGAAAGAACAGCUUAAAAAGAACAGUUCAGCUAAAGCUUUUAUCAUAGAAGGUUUUCCAAGGGAUAAAAGUCAAGUAGAAGCUUUUAAUAAACAUAUCGGAGGCCUAAAUUUUGUGAUAUUAUUUGACUGUGAGGAAUACUACAUGCAGACACGGUUACUUAAGCGUGGCCGGGAGAGCGGCAGGGUUGACGACAAUCCAUCUGCCAUAGCAAGCAGGCUUAACUUCUACAAAUAUAAUACUUUACCAGUAAUGAAACAUUUUGAUGAUGAAGGAAAGUUAGUUGUGAGAAACAUUGCAGAUCUGGAUGCAGAUCGUGACAUGGAGACAAUGUUCUAUGAUAUCAGUCAGAUGUUUGAUUUUGCCUUCUUUGGUAGAAAGCCUGGAGAUGAGGUUAAAACUCUAGAUGAAAAACAAAAAGCAGCAUUGCUGAUAAAAGCCAGUAUCCAAGGACGUACUAUAAGAAAUAAACAAAAAUCAAAUAAACCACCACAAACUGAUGAUGAUAAGUUAAAAGCGAAAGGGGAAGUUAUGACAGAAGUAAAGGCAAACAAACUUGACGAUGAAAUGGCAAAAGCUGCACUAAGAAUAAAAGCUGCAUUUGAAGGAGGCAAAAAAAGACAACAAAAAGUUCUGAGGCAGGGAGCCAGUUAUUCUGGCAAAUAUGACUCUUCAGAAAGACAGCCUGGUAAAUCUGAAACAAAAAUGAAAUCGGAGGAAAUGACAAGAGCUGCUGAUCAAAUUACUGCAGCAUUUGCUGGAUAUAGAAAAAGGGUUAACGGAGCAGAGAAGAAAAGAGCUGUGAACCAGGACAAGAAAGAAGACACUCAAGCCUUGAAAAAUGUCCGUGUUGUGUUUGUUAUAGGAGGCCCUGGCAGUGGUAAGGGAACACAGUGUGAACGUAUAGUGGAGAAAUAUGGAUUUACCCACCUGUCGUCUGGUGAUCUGCUCCGUGCAGAGGUUGCUUCCGGUUCUGCACGAGGCAAGGAACUUACCGCCAUCAUGGAGAAAGGAGAACUUGUACCUCUGGACACAGUUUUGCAGCUGCUGAAGGAGGCUAUGUUGGCGAAAGCUUCUACGAGUAAAGGGUUUUUGAUUGACGGGUAUCCCCGUGAGUUGGAGCAAGGAACACGAUUUGAGAAAGAGGUUAGUGGUAAAAGUCGUUUCGCGUUAAAUUUCGAUGUUUCUAAACAGCUAUGACGAAGGCUCUGGAGGGGAACUAGGCGUGUCGAUGACAAUGAGGAGACCAUCAAGAAGAGAUUGAAGACUUUCCACGAUAUCACUAAACCGGUUGUAGAAUUCUAUGAGAAGGAAGGCAAACUCAAGAAGGUGGUAGCAGAGGCCGGACCAGACGAGGUAUUCAAAGACGUUGAGGUCAUCUUUGACGAAAUGCUCAAAAAAGACACAUCCCAGUUAGUUGAUGCCAAAGUCAUAUUUGUAGUUGGCGGACCAGGAUCUGGAAAGGGGACACAAUGUGCCCGUAUCGUGGAGAAAUAUGGAUUCUGCCAUCUUUCAUCCGGAGAUUUACUUAGGGCGGAAGUCGCCUCGGGUUCAGAGCGAGGCAAACGGUUAAAUGAAAUAAUGGAAAAGGGAGAACUUGUUCCUUUGGAUGUUGUGUUAGAACUUAUCAGAGAAGCCAUGGUAUCUAAGCUGUCAGAAACUAAAUGUUUCCUAAUUGAUGGGUAUCCACGGGAAAUGGAACAGGGCACUAGAUUUGAAAACGAGGUAGCGUCAUGUUGUAACGUAUUAUAUUUCGAAGUAUCUGAUGAUACGAUGACAGCACGGUUACUGGACAGAGGGAAGACAAGUGGGCGGGUAGAUGAUAACGAAGAAACGAUUAAGAAACGCUUACAGACUUUCCACAAUCAGACACAGCCGGUCAUAGAUCAUUAUACAGCAAAUGAGAAAGUUGUCAAGGUACCCGCCGAAGGAACUGUUGAUGACGUGUUCACCCAAGUGCAAACAUUCAUGAAUAGCAAGUCAUGGUGAAGCCAUCAUUGUCUUCAAAAGAAAUGAUCACGUGACUUUCUGUAGUGGUCACGUGACCUGUAGUAGUUGUCAUGUGAUAGGAUCAGUUUCUAAAAAAUGCUUUCAUUUACCAUCUCUGUAUUAUGAUCUGCAGGAGCUGAAUUUAACUCUAAUAUCAGCUGAUGAUAAAGCUCAAAAAUUGUCGUUGUUUAUCAUACCAUAGCAUUACACUGUUGUGAAAUUUCUUUUUUUUUAAUUUCGUAUUUUGUUGUAAAUUUUACCCGUUACUAAAAAGUAUAACAUGUACCCUUUUUAUUCAGUUUCCUAUCCGGUGCACGCGAAAAAGCACGCCUCUGUGUUUACAAUGAAUACUUCUAAGGCUUCACAACCUAUGUCAAUAAAUUAAAUUCUACAAACGGAUAUUUAAAAAAUCCACAAGAACGGAUUCAAUCUACAAUCUAGCAUUGAAUCACCUUUGGGGUUAACUGGAAACGUUUUACUUCUCCAUUUAUUUUAUCGCUACAGUUUUCGCUUUGUGAAGAUGAAGAGUCAGUUUUUGACUAUAUAAAUUGUUUCAUUGUUUGCCAGAUAAGCAGACAACUUCGUAGAUCUAUUUCUGUACUAUAGAAAUAUGUAAAGAACAAUCGAUUAACUAGGUCCUAAAUUAGCAACAGAAAAACAUGUUUCUCUUUAUUUAGAUGACUUCAGCUUUAUGUGUGUUAUUACGUUUUUCUUCUCAAAGAAGUAAGUAGGUAUAGAAACAUUUCAGUAGACGGGACUGGGACAGUCUAACGCGUUCCCAUGAAGGCUGAAUAAUGUCACGUGUUUUUGUUACGCAAGAAUUUUAUAUGCGUUAUUUUUUUAGAUGUUAUUUAUGUUAUGAGAUUACAUUUUUGUUCAGUUUGUUAGUUUCUGUGGGCUUUUAGCAAUCUGUAUACAUCUUCUGUGAUAUCUUUCCCUACGGCGCUCCGAGACAUUUGUUUGUGGUGAAUGUUGGCAAGUCACCUACUACAACUUACUGAUGAAUUCUUGUAUUUUCAUUCCCGGAUAACUUUUCGGUAGUAGGCUUUAUGCUGAAAAGACACCAGAUUGUUCAUCGAACACGCUCCCCGACGUCAGAUAAUACAUAAGUGGCAGUGGCUUGUUGAUUUACAGCCUUAAAGCAUGCCUGACAAUGGCUGGUUGAGGGAUUGUGAUAACCUUUCACACCGUAUUAAGCUAUUUAGUAGCUAUUUAGUAUAAUGGAUGAUCUAACUACCCACUCCCUUUGAUUAAAAGAAGCUGUUUAAUUUUGGUGUGAUUUCAACAAAUUUCAUGAGUUGCUUGCUGGUUGCCUAUCUUCUUCUUCAUGUUAAACUUUAAUAAAGCACGAAACGUUUUAUGAGAACAUAAAGUUCGCUUCAGAUCUUGGUGACAAAACCUCUCUAUUAUUACAGAUAGAGAUAUUGCUAUUUUCAUUUUUAUUACUAUCAUUAUAUUAUGAAUAUUGUAAUUCGAUAAGACCUUUUUCCUCAUAACAAUGCCUCGAGUUUGUUUGCAUAUCUUUCUAUGAAAAAAAAAAAUUUACAGUGGUUUUCUUAAUUUUAGAUUUUAUCUCUAUCAUAACAAAGAGUUUUCACCCUGUAAAUUAAUGUAAACUUAAAAAGUGUAAAAAAAAAAGAUUUCUCCCUGUAUUUUGAUAUGGUACUUUGUCUUCAAAUUUUGUUGUAAAAAAUUAGUUAUGUUGUUUGAUAUUUGUUCAUUUAUUUAUUUCAAUUAUUUUGGUCAUCGACAUUAAACGCUUAAUUCUUAA